UUCUCUAUAUAAAAUGUUGGAUUUAUGUAUCGUAUACAAAUAAUACAUACAUUGUGAUGUAAUGCAAGAAUCUAAAUGUCAACGUGUACAUUUUUUAUAUAGAUCUAGCUUUUUUAUUUAAAUAAAAACGCAAAUAAAGAUGAAAUGAUCCAUUGCUCAUCAUAUUAAAAAUAUUGUUUAUAAAAAAUAUUAUAUAAUGAAAUCACAGCAACGAAGUGGUCAAAUAUUAAAAUAUGUUAGUUUAAUUACACUUACAUUACAAAAUGCUUUGGUUGGACUUAGUAUGCGUUAUGCACGUACAAGAUCAGGAGAUAUGUUUCUUUCAUCAACUGCUGUUGUUAUGGCAGAAGUUGUUAAAUUUUUAACAUGUCUAAUAUUAGUUUUUGUUGAAGAAGGAAAUUUUUUAAAAUUUUUUAAUUCUCUAAAACUAACAAUUAUAAAACAACCUAUUGAUACCUUAAAAGUAUCUGUGCCAUCACUUUUAUAUAUUAUACAAAAUAAUCUUUUAUAUAUAUCAGCAUCUAAUUUAGAUGCAGCAACUUAUCAGGUAACAUACCAACUUAAAAUCUUAACAACAGCAUUUUUUGCUGUAGUAAUACUACGAAGAUCUUUAAGAAAUACUCAAUGGGGAGCUCUAAUAUUAUUAGUUAUAGGAGUAGUAUUAGUACAAUUAGCACAAAGUUCAGAUACUACUUUGCCAUCUGGCAGAGAACAAAACCAUUUACUUGGAUUUUCAGCUGCCUUAAGUGCAUGUUUUUUAUCAGGUUUUGCAGGCAUAUAUUUUGAGAAAAUAUUAAAAGAUUCAGAUAUAUCUGUAUGGAUGAGAAACAUUCAAUUAAGUUUAUUAUCUUUACCUUUUGGAUUAAUUACAUGUUUUAUAAAUGAUGGUGAAACGUUACAGAAACAAGGUUUUUUCUUUGGCUAUGAUUUAUUUAUUUGUUAUCUAAUUGUACUUCAAGCAGGUGGAGGUCUCAUUGUUGCAAUGGUGGUUAAAUAUGCAGAUAAUAUACUUAAAGGUUUUGCCACAUCCUUAGCCAUUAUAAUUUCUUGUGUAGCUUCAAUAUAUCUUUUUAAUUUCAAUUUGAGUUUCCAGUUUUCUAUAGGUGCCAUUUUAGUAAUAUGUUCAAUUUUUAUGUAUAGUCAUCAACCAAAGUCUGCAUUUGUUGAUAAACAAUCUCUAAGUGAUAAAGUUUGAUGUAAACUAAAUUAAGCUGCCUAUAAGAUAAACGUGAUAUUCAAUUCAGUAAAUUUAUUAAUACAUUCAAUCAAUGGUGUAAUUUAUUAUAUUAUUUUCAUGUAAAGUGACAAUUAUGAUGUAUGAUUAAAAUAUUAAUAUCUAUAUCAUAUCGGUCACUUAAUCAGUAUUUUUUUAUAUUUUUUUAUAUAAAAAAUUUAAAUUAAUUUUUUAAUAUUAAUCACAAAUAAUAAAAUAAUAGUAAUAAGUUUUCAUGAAAGAGUAAUACAAUAAUAAAAAUUGUUAAUAGAUUAUGAAAUAAAAAUACAAAUAUUUUAAAUAUGUUACUAAAUAAUUGUAUUAAAACUGGUAAAAAAAAAGUAAGCACAUUUUUAUAUUAAAUUAACAAAUUAUUGUACAUGUAAAAUUAUUCUUUUAAUAUAUAUUCCAUACAUAUAUAUAGGGAAUUAUAUAUAAAAAACAAUUUAAUUGUUUUUUUUUUUAAUUUAUAUAUUUUUAUAUGAUGUUACAAUCUUUUACUAUAAAUAUAAAUAUAUAUAUAUAUGUAUAAAUAAAAUUUAUAAUUUAUUGUACUUAAGUUUCAAUAAAUGAGUCUUAUAAUGUA